AUGGUUUCUCUCUUCAGAAAAGAGCUUUACUAUGCAGCAAUUGUUUGCUUAACACCAUUAUGUUUUGGUCUAAUUAUUGGAUAUCCAUCCCCUUCUGCAGCGUAUUUUAAAAAGAAUUGGAAAGAAUUUCCUAGUCAGUGGAAAUUGUUUGUUGCAAUUACACAAUUGACCGCAGCUAUUGGCCCAUACAUUCCCUCAAUACUUUUUAAAUUUGGUUUAGGAAGAAGAUUAGUAACAUCAAUAGUCAAUAUCAUAAGUAUAGUUUUAUGGGUUAUACUCAUAUUUAUGACAGAGAAGCUCUUUUGGAUGGGAUUUGUUAUCCGAAUUCUUCAAGGCUUCAUGCUUGGCGCAAUGUCAUCUAUUGGUCCAUUAUUAUUACUAGAAGUCGCACCAGUUGAACAAACUGGUUUAUACGGAACAUUUAACCAAAUUUUUAUUGUUAUUGGUUCCAUCGUCAACUUCUUGAUUGGAGAAUACCAAAAGCCGUCAGCAAUGUGCAUAUUCUCAGCUGCCGUUCAUACACUACAGCUUUGUCUAAUUUGGCUAAUUCCUGUUGAAGCUUUCAAAGAACAAAAAGUUGACACAGGAGAUCAAUCUGCCGAGUCCAUAUUCCAGAAGAAAUACGUUUGGCCUCUAAUUAUUCUUAUGAUUAUUAUGUUCACACAGCAAUUUUCCGGAAUCAACGCAAUUAUUGCAGAUUUAGCCGGAAUUUUUGCCAAAGCAAAUAUAAAAGGUCUCACACCAGGUAUACAAUCAGUCAUAGCUACGCUUGCCCAAUUGAUUGCUUGUUUCGUGUCUGGUGGUUUAAUUAAAACAUUAGGAAGGAAAGCGAUGUGGACAAUCUCAGGUUUAACAUGUGCAUCUUCUUUAAUAUGCUUUGGAUUUAACUCAAAGUACAAUUGGGCCAAUGUUCUCCCCGUAAUUUUAAUUUUCUUGUAUCAAUUUGGUUUCGGACUUGGACUUGCUCCGAUGCCAUGGUAUUCUUCUCCUGAAAUGUUUCCAUUAACUGUCAGGCCAAUGGCUUCUUCGAUUAAUGGAAUGGCAUCAUGGUUCUUUUCUUUUAUCAUUGUUUAUGCUUCUCCUGCUAUGCAAGAGUCUAAAAUUGGAGAGCUUGGUUUGUACUUAUUCUAUGGAAUUAUAACAAUUCUUGGAACUAUUUUUGGCUUCUUCUACAUUGUAGAACCAGAUGAUGAAGAUGAUGUUUCACUUGAUAACAAAUCUGAUGAACUCUAA